AUGGGAGACCCCGGAGCGGCAUCGAGGAGGAAGAACCGAUUACCGAAGGGGGGCAGCGAAUCUUCCGAUCUCCACGCCGCCGCGAGGAACGGGGACCUCACCACGGUCGAGUCCAUCUGCAACGCUAAUCCCCUCGCCGUCAAUACUCGAGAUCGCCAUUCCCGGACACCGUAUCCUUUCUCCCUUGUUCUCCUUUCCUCAAUCUUCGCUUUUGUUGUCGUUAUCAUGUGGUGGGCUCUUCGCUUGGUUCAGAAUCUGUCGAGCGAGCAGCUUAUUGCGCCGCCGAGAACAGAGGUAGCAAGAUUUCUCUGCAAGAAUAACGCCGACAUUGGAGCUGCUGCUGCUAUGGGUGAUACAGCCGCGAUCCAUUUUGCUGCUCAGAAAGGUCAUCUAGAGAUAAUUAGGAUCCUAUUAUCCUCUGAUGUCUCUGUCAAGGCCUGCUAA